GAGCAAAGCUGUGGGGUGUGGAGCUUAGGGGACCUCGACUGGCUGAAUCCUCCAAGCUCGGCCCUGGGAAGUGGAGGAGUUCAGGGGCCACCAAGGGAGAGUGCACUAGCUUCCUCCGCCGGCAGCUGUUGGCCUCUGGGUUGGUCUUGAAGUGAUAGCAAGAGACAGGCGACAUGAGAGAUUGGGCUACAUGCUGCAUCAGUGAACUUACUGGUAGAAGAAAUAAUCUAGAGCGAAACUGAAGGACAUUUCAAGAUGGCUAAAGAAGAGCCCCCGAGUGUCUCCAGAGACUUACAGGAGCUGCAGAGGAAGCUGUGUUUGCUGCUGGAGUCCUUCCAGAAUAACUCAAAGGUGGUUGCCUUCAUGAAGUCCCCAGUGGGUCGGUACCUGGACAAGCAUCCUUUCCUGGCUCUCACCGUGCUGAUGUUUGUUAGCAUGUCAGCCAUCCCUGUCGGCUUCUUCCUGAUCAUCGUGGUGCUCACCUCCCUGGGUGCCCUUAUGGGGGCCAUAAUAUUGGAAGGACUGAUCAUCUCUGUGUGCGGCCUCUCACUGCUCUGCAUCCUCUGUGGCUUGGGCUUCGUAUCGCUUGCCAUUUCAGGGAUAACCAUGGUGUCCUAUGUGGUCGUGUCCUGCCUCAUGAGCUACUGGUUUUCUCCCAGGCCACUGACCCAGCAAAGUGCCAACACUGACUGUCAGCUGGCUAUGAAGUCCACCGACUUCGAGGGCCUCUACCAGGAAUGACGGGCCGAACGGAAGCAGAGGUUGCAUUCUAAGCAUGCCGGGAAAAGCUCUUCCGGUCACCGCUUGCGUCAUAGCUCAGAGAGAGGGCGGGAGGCUUGCUCUGCUUCGCCACUCACUGUGUCUAACGUUCUGCAGUGGCCAGCUGCCUCCCCACCCCUCCCUGCUCCCCAGGAUGCAGUCUUGACCUUCGCGGAGUCCUAGCCUUCUUGAACCGGGAAGCUUGACCACUAGGGACUGUGGGUUGUUGAGUCCCAGGCCCCAACUGGGAGUAAGGUAGAUUUGUUUGUGAAGUUUAGUUUCAUUUUAUUGGGGGGGGGGGAUGAAGAAGAGGGAUUCCCCCCAGUUGUUUGAAAUAAGAGGUAAAAAGAAAGAACCCAAAG